ACCUAAAACCUAACCAACUUUUCCCACAGUCUGCUGUUUAAAAAAUAAUGAAAAAGUUCCAUAUGAUAAAGAGAUUAUUUUCAGCACAGAUAUCAAUCAAACCGAAAAUUUGUAUAGUUGGGUCUGGUCCUGCAGGUUUUUAUGCAGCACAACAUCUACUGAAAAAAUUAGAUCCAAUUCAGAUAGACAUUUAUGAGAGACUACCUGUACCUUUUGGUUUAGUAAGAUUUGGUGUAGCACCUGAUCAUCCGGAAGUUAAAAAUGUUAUUAAUACUUUUACCAAGACUGCACAACAUCCCAAUGUUAGAUUUGUUGGGAAUGUCAAUUUGGGUACUGAUGUCACUUUGGAACAACUGAAACAGGCUUAUCACAUAAUAUUACUAACUUAUGGGGCUGAUCAAAGCCGAAAACUUGGCAUCCCAGGAGAAAAUUUUCCAAAUUGCAUUGAAGCAAGGAAUAUAGUAGGUUGGUAUAAUGGUACUCCUUGGGAUGCAAACUUGCAAAUAGACCUGAGUGGAGAUACUGCUGUUAUAUUUGGACAAGGAAAUGUAGCAAUAGAUGUUGCUAGGAUCCUACUGUCACCAAUAGAUGAAUUAAGGAAAACAGACAUAACUCAGCAUGCCUUAGAUGCCAUCUCAACUUCAAAAACAAAGACAGUUUACUUGAUAGGGCGAAGGGGGCCCCUUCAGGCAGCCUUCACCAUAAAAGAACUCAGAGAAAUGCUGAAAUUGCCAGGCUGCACAACAGUUUGGCGACCUGCAGAUUUUGAAGGAAUUUCUGAUCACUUACCCCAACUAGCCAGACCCAAAAAGCGUAUCACAGAGCUCAUGUUGAAGUCAGUUGAAGAAAGACAAUCAUCUGGAAAGGACAAGGAAUUUAGGCCGAUUUUCUUUCGAUCUCCUUUGGAAAUAGUCGGGGAAAAUAAGGUGAAAAGCGUCAUUUUGGGGCAGAAUGAACUUGUCGGUGACGAUUUUUUAAAACAAACUGCCGUGCCAACAGGUGUUCAAGAGACUUUGAACUGUGAUCUGGUCAUUCCUAGUAUUGGAUACAAGGCGAGACAAGCUGAUGAAGUUCUACCAUUUGAUGACAAACGAGGCAUAAUAAAACAUCUCAGGUCCAGAGUGGAUAAGGGCUUGUAUGUUUCAGGCUGGUUAGGAACUGGCCCCACAGGAGUAAUUCUCAGCACUAUGGGCAAUGCUUUUGAGGUAGCAAAUAUUAUUGUGGAGGACAUGGUGAAGGAAAAGUUAUUGGAUGUGGAAAAAGGUGGAUUCCAGGAAAUUGAAAAUAAUUUAAAAAUCCAAAAUAUGCAAGUGGUUAGUUGGGGGGACUGGCAAAAAAUAGAUAAAUAUGAACAAGCUGAGGGUGCUAAACUUGGAAAGCCCAGGGAGAAAAUCAUUGAUAUCAGUAAAAUGUUAGAAGUAGCUGCAUCAUGAAAUAUGAUAAUUGUGAAAAUAAUGAUAUGAUGUAUUAGGAGGA